AAUACUGAUUUUGGGUUCUUCUCAGUCAUGACGACCAAAUUUUCUGCUUCCUCAAAAUCUCCAAAUAAUAAUACUCCACCGAUCAACAAUUCAUCCAGAUUUCUUCAAACAGUUUGCUUAGAAGAUUGGUGGUUGAUUAAAUCAGAAGAUGGAAACAGAUUAUGCAUUCAAGGUUACACCAUAAGCGAAAAUCGAGCUCGGCGAGUAUUUUCAUCUGCGCCAAUUACUAAGAAAUACAGUUUAACCAAGCUUAAGACAGCUGAUGGGAUCAACAUUUUGCUUGGAGGCGCUAUCAAUAGGUCUCGCACUCUGGAAAAUGGGUUUUCCUCAGAGGUUUGCAGUCGUUUCUUACUGGGGUUUCCCUAUGACUGGGAGGAUGUUGUUGGCCGAUGCUUGGGACAAGAGUCUGCUGCUGGGAGAAGAAGUUCCGGAGUUCGAGAGUUCAAAGAGCACCAGUAAAGGUGGCAAGUUGGAAAGCAAAGUAGGACCAGAAAAUCUUAAUUCUGAUGUGAAAAAUGCUCCAGCAUCUGUA